GUCGACGUCAAUAGAAAAGGUCAGACUGUACGCUCCCGAUGCGGCGAUCAUCAAAGCACUGGCCAACACCGGCAUCGGAAUCGUCAUCGGCACCACCAACAGCGACGUUCCGGCAAUGGCGUCCGAUCCGAAUAUCGCCAAGACUUGGGUUGCUUCCAACUUAGUUCCUUUCUAUCCUUCCAGCAACAUCAUACUCAUCACCGUCGGCAACGAGGUCAUGACCUCCGGCGACCGGAAUCUGAUGAAUCAGCUCUUGCCGGCGAUGCAGAAUCUCCAGAACGCCCUCAAUGCGGCUUCCCUCGGCGGGAAGGUUAAGGUCUCGACGGCUCAUUCCAUGUCGGUGUUGAAGCAAUCUGACCCACCGUCGUCCGGUAGCUUCGAUCCGAGUUUGGGCGAUUUGAUGAAGGGGAUUUUAGGGUUCAAUAGUGCCAAUGGUUCGCCAUUCACAAUCAAUCCAUACCCUUUCUUUGCUUACAAGAGUAAUCCCAAACCCGAUGUUUUGGAUUAUGCCUUGUUUCGAACCAACUCACCACGAGUCGACUCGGGCAACAACCUCAAGUACACAAACAUGUUUGAUGCUCAAGUGGACGCGGUUCGAUCUGCAAUGAAUUCUAUGGGCUUCAAAGAUGUUGAGAUUGUGGCUGCCGAGACGGGUUGGGCACACCAAGGAGACAGCAACGAGGCUGGCGCAAGCGUUGAGAAUGCCAAGGCUUACAUUGGCAAUUUGAUUGCACAUCUUAGGUCAAUGGUUGGAACCCCAUUGAUGCCAGGGAAAUCAGUGGAUACAUAUAUAUUUGCGUUGUAUGAUGAGAACCUUAAGCCUGGACCAGGUUCUGAGAGAGCAUUUGGGCUAUUCAAGCCUGAUUUAACCAUGAAUUAUGAUGUUGGCCUUUCCAAGAAUGGGCAGACUACGAAAGCAGCAUGGUGUGUACCUAAGAUAGGUGCAUCAAAUGCCCAAUUGCAAGCAAAUUUGGACUAUGCUUGCGGACAACACAUUGAUUGCAGUCCGAUUCAACCAGGCGGAGCUUGUUUCGAACCAAACACUCUUUACUCACAUGCCGCUUAUGCCAUGAAUCUCUUCUACCAAACUGCUGGCAGGAAUCCAUGGAACUGUGAUUUCUCACAAACAGCCAUGCUGUCAUCGAAUAAUCCUAGUUAUAAUGGGUGCACCUACCCUGGUGGGAGUACUAAUGAUGUUGGCCAAUCCCAGACUAGCAAGGUGAAAAGCAAGAGGCCAAAGACUCUAAAGACAAGCUCCAAAUUAGAGAGUAAUAAUGCAGCAUGGUGUGUGCCUAAGAUAGGUGCAUCAGACGCCCAAUUGCAAUCAAAUUUGGACUAUGCUUGUGGACAAGGCAUUGAUUGCAGUCCAAUUCAACCAGGUGGAGCUUGUUUCGAACCAAACACUCUUUACUCACACGCUGCUUAUGCCAUGAAUCUCUUCUACCAAACUGCUGGCAGGAAUCCAUGGAACUGUGAUUUCUCACAAACAGCCGUGCUCUCAGUGAAUAAUCCUAGUUAUAGUGGGUGCGCUUACCCUGGUGGGAGUACUAAUUUUGGUGGCCUUUCCCAGACUAGCGAGGUGAAAAUUCAUGGUGGGAGUACUAAUGUUGGUGGUCUUUCCCAGACUAGCAAGACUCCAGUGAAAAGCAUCAAAUUAGAGAGUAAUAAUGCAGCAUGGUGUGUGCCUAAGAUAGGCACAUCAGACGCUCAAUUGCAAUCAAAUUUGGACUAUGCUUGCGGACAAGGCAUUGAUUGCAGUCCCAUUCAACCUGGUGGAGCUUGUUUCGAACCAAACACUCUUUACUCACACGCCGCUUAUGCCAUGAAUCUCUUCUACCAAACUGCUGGCAGGAACCCAUGGAAUUGUGAUUUCUCACAAACAGCCAUGCUCUCAUCGAAUAAUCCUAGUUAUUCUGGGUGCACUUACCGUGGCGGGAGCACCUGAGAGCACUUUUUAGAAUAAAAAGAUAAUUUUGGCAGGCAUUUAUUAUUGUUCGUGUUCUUCAAUAAGUGAAGGUAUAUUCUUCUACUAGUAGAAUAGGGAGAUCGAUUGUGGAUAGAGUUAAAUGGAGAAGGAAUAUAAGUGAUUAGCUGCUGCACUGUUUGUAAUAUGAUUUGUAUUGUUAGUAUAUCGGUUCACUGUAGAAAUUUGAACUUCUAUAUGUAUAUUAGAAGCUAGUGACAUAGGUUAAGAGAAUUGAUGUUGUUGGCUUCUGAACAUCAAUUUUUUAUCCAUCUGAUCAGUAAUGUAUGUGAAUCCGAAGGAAUAAACCGGAUGUUAUUUGUGAAUUUGACUCUUAAGCAAAACUGCUCAC